AUGUGUCUUACACUUUUCUUCAUUAUAUCUGCUUAUGUACUGUAUCGAGUGUAUCAAUAUUUUUUCCCAGCACCGGAUGUAAAUCCAACUGGUAAAUAUGUGUUGAUUAGUGGCUGCGAUACUGGUUUCGGCCAUGGUCUAGCAUUAGAAUUAGACAAACAAGGCUUUCAUGUUCUCGCUGGUAUCUACAGUAUAAACAAUCAACAAAAACUAACAUCACUUCUUUCCGAUCGUGCAACUGUGUUCAAACUAGACAUUACAAAACAAGAAGACAUUGAUGAUGCAUAUAAACUAAUCAGUAGUAAAACGCAAGUGCUUCAUGCAUUAGUAAAUAACGCUGGUGUUGGCGCUUGUGGUUAUAUUGAUUGGGUGACAGUCGAUUCCAUACGUACAGUAAUGGAUGUGAAUUUUUAUGGACAUGUGUCUAUGACGAAAAAGUUUUUGCCAUUACUUAUUGCCAAACGUGAUUCACGUGUGGUGAAUAUCUGUUCGGUUGCUGGUUAUUUAGCUGCUCCAGGAAUGGUUGCUUAUUGCACAUCGAAAUACGCAUUAGAAGCAUUUUCUGAUUGUCUUCGGCGAGAAAUGUCGGUGUGGAACUUACGUGUGAGUAUUAUCGAACCAGGUUUUAUGAAAACCCCGAUUGUUGAGGGCCAUGAUGCAUCGUUACGCACAUUGUGGAACAGUUUGUCCACAGAUGUGCAAGAUCGUUGGGGAGAGCAACAUUUAAAGAAACAAGUCGAGGAAGUAGCAAACAAUAUUUUCAUAAAAUUCGCUGAAAAUCCAAAGAAAGUUGUCAACGUUCUUAGACAUGCCGUUAUGAACACCAAACCGCAGAUUCGUUAUCGACCUGGAUGGCAAUCGAGUGUCUUAAUGUUUACAUUAUCGACUCUUCCAGCACGGCUAGCUGAUAUUAUUAUUGAAAAGGCAAAUACAGCAGCUGUAAAUCCGUCUGGUGUGCGUAGCCAGCUACAAAAUUGA